ACUGGUUCCACGCGCUAAACAAGAAAAUAAACAAAACAUCGGUAAACAGCAGUAAAAAAGACACACGGUUGAAAAAUCCUAAAGAAAAAAUUGGCGCAAGUUCAUACAUUUGAGACAAGAAUGACGAAAGAUUCUAAAAAACAUGGUCAUGCCAAAGAUGGCGUGUCACAGAAGAGAAAGACCCAUGAUGAACAUAUAGAUGAUGACAUUGUGGUUCAAGACUUCAAAGACACAUUCAAGUCAGAGGGAGAACAUUUAGUUAAAACAGUAUUUCCACAGAAAAUCAUUGAGCUAGAAGAAAUACACAAGAGUUUGUGCCUGUCAAAGUUAUCUGAGAUUCACAGUGAUUUGAACAUCCCUGUACCGGCCCCUGUACAUCUAGACAAUGGAACUGAUGAGCCAGCUACAAAGAAAAGAAAACAUGAACACACAGUUCAAGGAACAGAAGUUUUAGCACUACCAAAUGGACCAUGUCCUAUAAACAAAAAAUUGUGUGAGAUCUCUGAACAGCUUAAACCAUACAUACGGGACCUUAUAGAUCAUUCAAAUACUAUAAAGAUGUGGAUAUCAUUUUUAAUCCCAAAAAUAGAAGAUGGAAACAAUUUUGGUGUGUCUAUACAGGAAGAGACGUUAGGUGAAGCACGACAGGUGGAGAGUGAAGCAGCCACAUACCUCGACCAGAUUUCACGAUACUUUAUCUCACGCGGCAAACUUGUUUCAAAAGUUGCAAAAUACCCACACUUAGAUGAUUACAGACAAUCUGUGAGAGAGUUGGAUGAGAAGGAAUAUUUCAGCCUCAGACUCACAAGUGCAGAAUUACGCAAUCACUAUGCUAGUCUACAUGAUUUGAUAAUGAAGAACUUUGAGAAGAUACUGAAGCCCAGAAAUGCCAAUGCUGAGGCAUUGUACUAGCGACAAUAGCAAUAUCUGGCAAUAUGUUUAAAUCUCUUUGAGAAUGUUUUUAGCAGUAAAAAGUGCUUGAUAGGAAUUCAGUAAUUUCCAUUAUAUGUAAAAAAAAUUUGAUAAAAUUUAACAAUUUUGAUGCGAAAUUCGAGCAAACGGUCUUUUGAACAUAAUGUAAUUUUGUAGAGCCUAAAGAUUGCCAACUUGAUGUGUUGUAAGUAUGCUUUUAAAGAUAGGUGAUUUGAAAUUUCUUGUUUAUAAAUUUUGUUGAUUUUAUUUCUUAAUAAAACACAUUUUAUGUUAAAGCGGUGCUAUGUGUCAAGAUACGAGUUAAAAAUUGAUUUAUUGGUAUUGUUUAUUUGUAUUUCCAGAGGGCAAUGAUUUUUGAAGAAGCAUUUUAAGUACUAUACCUGAUAUUAAUACUUUACAAGACCACUUGACAUGUUUUAAUACAGGAUAACAACUGAUUUUACUACACAAUUCACUGUAAAUAAAGUCACCAUUCAUGUUCUAUUCUCUCAUAAAAUAUUUUUCAUUUA